CUUAAUAAAUUCUUGGAUACCAGAUUGAAUAAUGUUAGUAGUAGUAAUUAGAAGAAAAAACUCAUAGAUUCUAUGUUAACCAGAAAGUUCGUCAAAGGAUUGUUUAUGCCAUCUCCACAGGGGUCCGUCCGGUUCUUCCUCAAAUGGGUUGCCUCAAUCUUUAUCAAAGUUUUGGUAUCUAGCUUAUCCAGCUACAGUAUAGUAUACUCCUUCCUUGCUCGAUAGAGCUCUUUGAAUCCGCUUCAACUAAAUGCGUAAAAUAGAGUAAUUUCUUCAAAAGCCAGUUUCUUUCGAGAAGGCAGGAGGCCCAUAGCGAGUUACAAUAGUGCCAGUUCUUGUACGGAAGGCCGUAAUUCCGGUAACCUCGACUGCUCUAAGAAUGAUCCGGGCUAGCCGGGCACAUCACAUCAAAGUUAGGUCAUUUGUCAAAAACAUGGCAAAUAGCUCAGUUGGUUUGGUAAGGGAGCUAUUCUCUCACUUAAACCACUCCCAUAUUAGGUAUUCUAUCUCGUCUUAAAGUUCCCCCGCAUUACCCAUAACUUACCACCUGUAUCUCCGGAACUCAAAUCGCAAAAUGACAAUGCUUUCGAUAGUCUGUACUAAAUUACUUUGUACGAAUGCACAUCUCGGCCGUCGGGUAGCUGAUCACCAUUUCAAAGUCUAUAUCCGUGGUUCAAGAAAUGGAAUUGCUAUUCUCGAUUCAGACAAGACACUGAUUUGUUUACGAAACGCUCUUCAUUUUAUAGGAUCUCCCAGUCGUCAAAAAGGCCGUUCCUUCUUUUUAAAGACCAAUCAUUUAUUUAUUUAUGAGAUAACGGAAGAAAUGGCGAGCUAUUUAAGAAGCUAUUUAAGAAAUGUGAAUUCUCAUUGUUUCGAUGAUUCUCAAUGGAAGAUCGGGGCGUUUUUGACCAAUUCUUUUGCAAAUAAAAAAAAAUUCCGUUCAAGAAAGAAGAAGAUCAAUUUUGGGUUGAACCAACAACCUGAUUGUGUGGUUAUUCUGAAUGCAGAUAGAAAGUCUUCGGUCAUACUGGAAGCUGAUCGAUCACAAAUACCUAUUCCAUCCUUAGUUGAUUCUACGAUCCCAUGGGAAUCCUAUAAAAGAAUCACUUAUCCCAUCCCAGCGAAUGAUCCUAUACAGUUCGUAUAUCUAUUUCGUCAUUCGAUCAUGAAAACAGUGAUUCUUGAACAGAAUGCGAUUAGUAGAGAAGCGCAAUCUCUCAGAGUCACUUUGAGUACGGGGAAGUCCGCAGGAGGGAUGAGAUCCGCCUGCUACUCCACCUCUUCUUCUUCCCCAAUAGACGAAGAAGAAAAUAGGGCCAAGGCGCUAUUGGAGAUGCGCAAAAAAUAUCCAUCGGGAGAUGGCGCUGACGCUGACGCUAACGCUCGCAAGGCGGUUUUGCAGGCAAUUUCUAAAAAUACUUUUUUUUUCGUUGAGCUCAUAACCCGGUUUGGGCCGAUUGACUCUGAGAGCGAUCGAGGGGUCGCGGGCUCACACCUUGCUUUUGCGCAUAGGAUCGAAGAGAUCCUAGAAUUUAAUGGAAAGAGCAACGGCUCUCUGAAAGACCUCAUUGAUCUUAAAUUGGAUUUGGAAGACGCCUUUAAAAGAGAGGAGAUUCUACUUCUAAUUUUCCUCAAAAAAAGAGGCAAAGUCCUAGCGUGAUACAAAAAGAAAUAAUGGGCAAGGGCGGGGAAUGAUAGGUUCAUAGAUGUGGAGUAAUCAGUUCUUCAUUUGAAGAGUUAGUUGGCUGGCCUACCGGCCCGCAGAUGUAAAGAGGUUGCCCCCACCAUCCUCUUGAACUGCGAAAUCAAAGCGAUUCCUGUUGAUGGAAGAAAGGCUAAUUUCGUUUGGUCCGAUCCGCCUAUGCCAGUUCGAGUC